AAAUGCCUGUGGCUGGUUCCCUUUCUUGAGCUAGCCAAGGGCUGCCAAGCGCUCUGCUGGAAUUGGGCCUCUGCAGCCACCGUCUCUAAGCUGGGUUUCCGGUCUCCUAGCAACAACAUGUGGUGACUCUCCAGGAGCCCGGGCUGAGGGUCUAGGCUUUCGCCUUGCUCCUUGGUCUCUCCACCUCCAUGAAAGUGCUUAGGAAAACCCACCGCAGGACUUAGAAGCAGAGUAGAAAUCGUAUUAUUGAGACGCUUCUUGUUGAAAAAGUUGAUACCAGUCAAGAAUCUCUUAAAUUGUACACUGAAAAGCCAGAAUGGAGCUAUCAAUGCCCCCACCUCAGAUCUAUGUAGAAAAGACUCUGGCCAUUAUCAAACCAGAUAUUGUUGACAAAGAGGAGGAGAUACAAGAUAUUAUUCUCAGAUCUGGAUUCACCAUUGUUCAGAGAAGAAAACUGCGUCUCAGCCCUGAGCACUGUAGUAACUUUUAUGUGGAACAGUAUGGGAAAAUGUUUUUCCCCAAUUUAACAGCUUACAUGAGUUCUGGACCACUUGUUGCCAUGAUAUUAGCUAGAUUUAAAGCCAUCUCUUACUGGAAAGAACUCUUGGGACCAAGUAAUAGCUUAGUAGCUAAGGAGACACACCCAGACAGUCUAAGGGCAAUUUAUGGCACAGAUGAGCUAAGGAAUGCACUUCAUGGAAGUAAUGAUUUUGCUGCAGCAGAAAGAGAAAUGCGAUUCAUGUUUCCUGCAGUGAUUGUUGAGCCCAUUCCAGUUGGACAAGCUGCUAAGGACUAUUUAAAUGUGCACGUAAUGCCAACUCUGCUUAAAGGACUUUCAGAGCUUUGUAAGCAAAAACCAGCAGAUCCUUUUAUUUGGCUGGCUGAUUGGUUGCUGAAAAAUAAUCCCAAUAAACCCAAACUUUGUCAUCAUCCAGUUACAGGAGAACCUUAUUAAAAUAAAGCUCUCAAAGAACAAAUCACGAACUGUCUCACUGUAAAAGGCAUGCUUCUACUUAAGAAAGAAGUAACUCCUAAGGGUUUAAGUAACUACAUGUGACAUAAAUUAUUUCUUAAAAAUAAAUUUUAAAAGAAUAACUAUUUCAUGCAGCAGAUAACAUUAUCUAAAGUAAAAUAUUGGUUUAGGGUAUGAUUUUUUUUAAUAAGAAAAUUGUAUUAGCAGGAUUUAGAAUGUCAACAAAGUUAACUGCAACUUUUUAUAUUUACAGUUACAAAGUGGUAUUCAGUUAAGAGAACAACAAUUCAUAUAGGAUGCAACAGAGACAACUGAAGAUAAUAAGAUACCAUUUCUAUAUAUAACUGAUUUUUGCUGUGCACCAACAAGAACCUACUUUAAAUUUCUCUGCCAAUUUACAACCUCCAUAAUGUACUAGGCAAGGUUAGUAGCUAUUGAAAAUACCACCAGGACAGGGGUAGCUAAAGACACAUUUGGUAGUAUGUUAACUAUACACAAAAGACACUAUACAGUUUAAAAACAAGUUUUGCACAGCUUUACAGUGCAAGACAUGGUCCUCCAUCUCUCUGAGGACUUUUGGAAAACUCUGAGAAGGUGACUGGGUACUUCUUGUGCUCCUUCUGGCAAGUUUGCCCAAAGAAUGCAUAUGAUGGUGCUUCUCGGUCUCUUAGGAUAUCCUUUCCCAUAUUUAGUUAUUUUUCCUCCGUGAGUCACAGUCAUCCAGUGCCCAUCUGGCUCUCACUUGCCCUGGUGCUGUCUCUGUGGAGAAGCUCAUUGUGUUGCAAUGGCUGUCGAUUUAGGAUAUGAUUUUAACAAUGAUGUAAGCAUUAAGUAAUAGAAGGCUGAUGUAAGAUAUUGCUUAUUAUUUUUUAAUUUCGAGAAGAUAUGGAAUUUUCGUUAUAUUUUCCCUAGCCUAUAUCUACAUGCAUAAUUAAUGCAUAGUUCAGACAGCUGAGUUUAAAAAGUAUAAGUAUAUAAAUAAUUACGGGUUUUUUCCGCUAUCCAAUAGUAGAGUGUUCCUAUGAAACCUUUCGUAAGCUGAAAGGGUGUAAUGUGAGGAAUCAAUUACCUUAGUUCACAAGUUGCUAACAGAUUCACAGAAUCAAUUGGGAUAAAGGCCAGGUGUUCACUGACAGUUCAAAGCUAUCACGGCUUGAUGCUGGGAUGCUGAGUGUAGUUCCCUAGGAAUGAUAUUCGUGGUGCUACUCUUGUUGCUCGCUGUGCGCACUGCCUCUGAAUUGGCUCAUUGCAAAACAGAUAGUUCUGUUUUCCCUUUUUGCCUUUUAUCAUAAAAGCAAAAAUCCUCUUCAGAUUUCUUUUGGUUAGUGAAAACAGAUACGAAUGCAGGUCUUUCGUAAGAGCAAAGUGGCAUCAAGUGAACUUUCAGAAAGGGGGGCUACCUAUAUUUAGUAAAAUGAAAAUGGUUAGAACUCAAUUAUAGUUUUAACCAGUCAUAUAUAAUUAUUUCCUCAACAUUAAUAAGUGCCCUACAAGGGUGACCGACAGUAGCAUGACAACUCAUUUCUGGUUGUAUCACUGAAAGUCCUGCAUGCUUUGAGGCCCCUUAAUCCUUCACAAAAUGGAAUGAUUGGUCCCUCUACCAAAGUCUUUAGGUUAAUAUUUCUCAAUUAUGUUUUUGUGAUGAAGUGCUAGUUUUCAAAAAAUGAAAAAUUCUCGGUUAUUAAAGAAAUUUUAAUUUACUUAAAAAAAGAUCCAAGUUGUAAAAGACUUUUUUUAAGAGUAAAUAAUUAAACUGGCCUCAUCUCUUCAGAAAGGCAAUGUCAUUAUAAAACAAAAAAUGGAAAUGGGGAAGACCAAAGAAACACCUUAACCAAAAGCAAUGAGUAGCUCUUGCCUAAAAAAACAUCUAUAGAAGACCUUUGGGGGGACAAUUAAGGAGAUUUAGAUAUGGACUAAAUAUUAGGUGAUAUUAGGGAAUAAUUGCUAAAUUUCAAAGGGUCAAAAUGAUAUGGCCAUAAAAGGAGAAUAUCAUGUUUAGGUUAUGCAUUCUGAAAUUUCUAGGGGAAAUUUUUUGAUGUUUGCAACUUAUUUUCAAAUGGUUCAGCAAGAAAUAUUUUUAUACAUGUAAAAGAUAAAGCAAAGUUAACAAAAUAUUAACAAUUGUUCAGUCUAGGUGGUGGGCACUCUAGUGUACUAUUCUUUCAACUUUUCUGUGCUUUAAAACUAUUCACAAAUGAAGUUGGGGAAAAAAGAUCUGUAUGUUAUUAUCAAAAGCUGGUGUUCAGUUUUUCACAUUGUUGAUAGGGAAACAUUCAGAUACUAUAUAGCUCUUGAUUUGAUAUAAAAAUGACAUAUACUAAUCAUCUAUGAUGUGUUUUAGCCAAACAUGUGUACCUUAAAAUUAUCAAGCCUUUAGGCCCACCUUCCUGCUUACAGUAGUAGGAAAUAAUGUGGCCAUCUGAAUGAUACCAUAAAGAAGCAAAAAUUUACAAGAUGUGAUGUUCUGUAAGACAGCUGCCUUGGUCUUUCAACAAAUUGGUAUUAUGAGAAAAGGGACUCUUUUAGAUUAACAGAGAUGUGAGAUACAUAAUCAGAAUCAACACUAGUUUCUAGAUUGAACCCACAUUUAUGCAGACAAGCUGCAAAGGACAUUUUGAAAAAAUUUUUAUUUAUUUAUUUAUUUAUAUUUGGCUGUGUUGGAUCUUCGUUUCUGUGCGUGGGCUUUCUCUAGUUGCGGCGAGCGGGGGCCACUCUUCAUUGCGGUGCACAGGCCUCUCACUGUCGCGGCCUCUCUUGUUGCAGAGCACAAGCUCCAGGCACGCAGGCUCAGCAGUUGUGGCUCACGGGCCUAGUUGCUCCACGGUAUGUGGGAUCUUCCCAGACCAGGGCUCGAACCCGUAUCCCCUGCACUGGCAGGCAGACUCUCAACCACUGCGCCACCAGGGAAGCCCUGCAAAGGACAUUUUUGAGAUAACUGGGAAGAUUUGAAUCUAGACUGAGUAUUAGAUACAAUGAAAAUGUGUUGUCUUGGAAGGUAAAGAUUGUUAACUGAAAAGACAUGUUACGAAGCAAUAUGUACAGUGAGAUCUUACUUUUUUUAAAAUAAAUUUAUUUUAUUUAUUUUA